GUUGGAGUCAUCAUUGUUUGUUUUGCUCAGCCAUGGUCAGAUGCAUUUUUUACGAGUGCCAGCACCCCGUGGUGCAACAUGGCAGUUCCAAAUGCAUUGUCCACCACAGCCGCACGCCUUGCUCAACUCCGAAGUGCCGCAAUCAAGCGUACGCUCGGGGUCGAUGUGUUCGCCAUGGAGCGAGAAAGUACUGCCUCAUGGAAGGAUGCAAGCACUACCGACGUGCAGGGGGGUAUUGCGCUCGACACACCACAGUUCUUCGCAUGAAAAGCUUAGCAUUGAUGCCCCCAACCACCCCCCAGAAGAAUCAAGAUGAAAACAACACAUCAUUGGUAUCAAGUGCUUCCGCAACGCCCUUGGACGCCGAGUGGACCGCGAUGCAAGCGUUUCUCAUUGAACUCAACUUCGCUCUACUCACGAGUGAGGACAACGUGGGGAUGGACUCUAAAACUAUACUAACGACGUGGUGAUGACAAA